AUGUAUGCUCGAAGACUUCUAUUAAAAAAAUUUCUUCGUCAUGAUUUCGACUUGUUUAUAAAACCUUGUACACAACAUUCAAAUUGUUUAUUUGUACCUAAAUAUGAACAAUUACGUACAUAUUCAUUAUCAAGUACUGUAUCAACAAGGUCAAACAAUAGUUCAUAUAUCCCACGUGAUAUAGGACAAAGUUCAAAAAGUGGUGGUAGCGGUAGCGGUAGUGGUAGUAAUAAUGAUGAUGGUGGUUCAGGUAAAAUACCAUUUCUCUGUCCGAAAUGUGGUGAUAUUUGUACACAUAUUCAAAGUCUUGUUUCUUCAACACGAUUUGUUAAAUGUGAAAAAUGUAGUCAUUUUUUUGUUGUUGUUUCGGAAAAUGAAGGAACAAAAAAAACUAAAGAAGAUAAAACAAAAAAACGGCAACCACCACCAAUACCAAAAAAGAUAUAUGAAUUUUUAAAUAAAUAUAUUAUUGGUCAAGAUCAUGCAAAAAAAGUCAUGGCAGUUGCUGUUUAUAAUCAUUAUAAACGUUUAUAUAAUAAUCUUCCAACAACAACAACAACAACUACAGCUAAACCUCAACAAAAUUUAUCAGAUUCAUUGAAUGGUCUUAUGUCAAAUUCUCCAAAUCAACAACAACAACAACGUUUAAUGCUUAAUGUUGGAAUUCCAUUUUAUACAGUACCAUUAGAUGGUUCAAAUCCUAAUUCAUCAUUUAAUUCCAGUAGUAAUAAUAAUAAUAAUAGUGAAGAAUUAAAACAUGGAAGUUCCGUUAUGAAUAAUGAUAAAUAUGAUCUUAAACUUGAAAAAAGUAAUAUUCUUAUGCUUGGUCCAACUGGUUCUGGUAAAACUCUUCUGGCACAAACAAUUGCAAAAUGCCUUGAUGUACCAUUUGCUAUUUGUGAUUGUACAACACUUACCCAAGCGGGUUAUGUGGGUGAAGAUGUCGAAUCUGUUAUUGCUAAAUUACUUCAAGAUGCAAAUUAUAAUGUUGAACGUUGUCAACAAGGUAUUGUAUUUUUGGAUGAAGUCGAUAAAAUUGGUAGUGUACCAGGUAUACAUCAACUGCGUGAUGUUGGUGGUGAAGGUGUACAACAAGCUUUAUUAAAAAUGCUUGAAGGUACAAUAGUAAAUGUUCCGGAAAAGAAUUCCAAAAAAAUGCGUAGUGAAACGAUACAAGUUGAUACAACGAAUAUAUUAUUUGUUGCAUCUGGUGCAUAUACAGGUUUAGAUAAAAUUAUUAGCCGACGUAAGAAAGAAAAAUAUAUCGGUUUUGGUACAACAUCAAAUGAAGCACCAUCACGUCGUCGUGCUUCUCAAUUAGAUUUACAUGAUCACCAUGAUGAUAAUAAUAAUUCUAGAAUUGAAGAAGAAAAUUUAGAACGUGAUAAAUAUUUACAAGAAUGUGAAGCUCGUGAUUUAAUUGAAUUCGGAAUGAUUCCAGAAUUUAUUGGAAGAAUACCGGUGAUUGUUGCAUUUCAUAGUUUAAAUGAAGAUAUGCUUGUAAAAAUUUUAACUGAACCUAGAAAUGCUUAUAUACCACAAUAUCAAACUCUAUUUCAAAUGGAUAAGGUUCAAUUAGAUUUUACUGAUGGUGCUCUACGUUCAAUAGCUAAAAAAGCUUUACAUCGUCAAACAGGUGCUCGUGGUCUUCGAUCAAUACUAGAACGUAUUUUACUUGAAGCAAUGUUCGAUAUUCCUGAAUCUGAUAUAGUCGGCGUUCGAGUUGAUGAAGAAUCCGUUAAAACAAAUAAAUGUCCGGAAUAUAUUCGUUCACGUCCAACAACAACAACAACUACAGAUGAUCUUCAUGAAAAUUCUUCCUCAUCGACAGAAACUAAAAAUACAAAAGAUAAUGAUAAUAAAAUUUCUAUACCAACGUGUUAG